GACCAAUCAGCGAAGAAGAGGUUACAUUUUUUCUCCUUUGGUUUACUGAGAGGUUCUUGGUUUUUGAAUGGAUGAGUGAAAUAGUAGGUUCUUCUGAUACGUACAAGAAUGAUUAUUAAUUUCCAUUGGAAUGUGAAGCAUAUCAUAGAUACAUACAUUACAGUUCGAUUUAUAACAACUCCCUCCUAACAUUAACAAUCCUCAAGAAUAAAAAGCAAAAAGUAGUAGAAUUGAAUAUCCGCAUCCAUAUCCAUAUUAUAUUCACUUUUUUUAAGACCUCAAACUAACACAACACUCCUUCAGCUUGAGCUGACUGAGUGCUUCUCUUUCUACCUACGCCACCACUCACACCAUUCACAACCACUCUCUCUUCUUCCUUGAAAAAAAAUGCGUCUCCUUUGCUUUCUUGUGGUCUUGUUACAGCACUAUCAUCAAACUCUCUCCGCAACCAUGUCGGAGAACCGUGCUCUUCUUUCUCUCAGAGCCGCCAUCACUGAUGCAACCCCUCCCUCUCUCUCUUCCUGGAACGCCACCACCCCAUACUGCUCCUGGCUCGCCGUAACCUGCGACCACCGCCGCCACGUCAUUGCCCUCGACCUCACUGGCCUCGGCCUCUCUGGUACGCUCUCCGGCGAUGUCUCCCACCUCCCCUUCCUCUCCAACCUCUCUCUCGCCGACAACACCUUCUCCGGCCCCAUCCCGCCUUCUCUCUCGUCACUGUCCGCACUCCGACUCCUCAACCUCUCCAACAACGGCUUCAACGGAACCUUCCCCGACGAACUCUCUCGCCUCAACAACCUGCAAGUUCUCGACCUCUACAACAACAACCUCACCGGACAGCUUCCUCUUGCCGUCACUCAGAUGCAGAACCUCCUGCAUUUGCACCUAGGUGGCAACUACUUCUUCGGCCAGAUCCCGCCCGAGUACGGAAGCUGGCACCGUCUCCAGUACCUGGCUGUUUCCGGCAACGAGCUCGCCGGACCUAUCCCGCCGGAGAUUGGGAACCUCACCAGCCUCCGGGAGCUUUACAUUGGCUACUACAACACCUACACCGGCGGCAUUCCGCCGGAGAUCGGAAACAUGUCGGCGCUGGUUAGGUUCGACGCUGCCAACUGUGGAUUAACCGGGGAGAUUCCACGGGAGAUUGGAAAGCUCCAGAACCUCGACACUCUGUUUCUUCAGGUGAAUGCGCUUGCAGGUUCACUGACGAGAGAGAUUGGGAAUUUAAAGAGCUUAAAAUCAUUGGAUUUAUCCAACAACGCACUUUCCGGCGAGAUUCCGGCGAGUUUUGGCCUGUUCAGGAAUAAGCUUCACGGUUCAAUACCAGAGUUCAUUGGUGAGUUACCAGCAUUGGAAGUGCUUCACCUUUGGGAGAACAACUUUACCGGAAGCAUUCCUCAGGGUUUGGGAAACAACGGGAAGCUCAUCGACGUUGAUCUUUCUUCCAACAAGCUGACUGGGACGCUUCCUCCUCACGUGUGUUCCGGUAACCGCCUUCAGACUCUGAUAACUCUCGGUAACUUUCUCUUCGGUCCAAUCCCUGAAUCGCUUGGCAAGUGUGAAUCCCUCAAUAGGAUCCGAAUGGGUGACAAUUUUCUCAAUGGUUCAAUCCCAAAGGGUCUCUUCGGCCUUCCGAAUAUCUCGCAGGUUGAGCUUCAGGACAAUCUUCUCACGGGUCAGUUCCCUGAAGCUGAUGCUUUCUCUGUGAAUCUCGGUCAGAUUAGUCUUUCUAACAACCAGCUUUCUGGGCCGUUGCCACCUUCCAUUGGGAACUUCUCCGGCAUGCAAAAACUCCUCCUUGAUGGCAACAAGUUCUCUGGUCCGAUCCCACCGCAGAUUGGGAGGUUGCAGCAGCUGUCCAAAAUUGAUAUCAGCCACAAUCUUCUCUCGGGUCCUAUCCCGAAAGAGAUUAGCCAAUGCAAGUUGUUAACUUUCGUUGAUCUUAGCCGAAAUGAGCUCUCUGGUGAGAUUCCUAACGAGGUCACCGGAAUGAGGAUACUGAAUUACUUGAACCUCUCCAGGAACCAUCUUGUUGGUAACAUUCCUUCGUCCAUAUCCACAAUGCAGAGCUUGACUUCUGUUGAUUUUUCGUAUAACAAUCUCUCUGGUUUGGUUCCUGGCACCGGCCAAUUCAGCUACUUCAACUACACCUCUUUCCUUGGAAACCCUGAUCUCUGCGGACCCUAUUUGAGUCCUUGCAAGGAUGGUUCUGGCAGUGGUGGCCACCAAAAUCAUGCUAAAGGCCAUCUCUCUUCUUCUUUGAAGCUUAUAAUUGUGAUAGGAUUGCUUGUGUUCUCCAUUGUUUUUGCAGCAGUCGCAAUCUUAAAGGCUAGGUCUUUGAAGAAGGCAAGCGAGGGUCGCUCUUGGAAAUUGACUGCAUUCCAACGUUUGGACUUCACGGUGGAUGAUGUUUUGGAUUGCUUGAAAGAGGACAACAUAAUAGGGAAAGGAGGUGCAGGCAUUGUGUACAAGGGCGCAAUGCCGAACGGGGAGCAGGUUGCUGUGAAGAGGCUUCCAGCUAUGAGUAGAGGCUCUUCUCAUGAUCAUGGAUUCAAUGCGGAGAUUCAGACAUUGGGGCGGAUCCGACACAGGCACAUUGUUAGGUUACUAGGUUUCUGUUCUAACCAUGAGACCAAUCUUUUAGUGUAUGAGUACAUGCCCAAUGGAAGUCUAGGUGAAGUUCUUCAUGGGAAGAAAGGGGGGCAUUUGCAUUGGGACACAAGGUACAAAAUUGCUGUGGAGGCUGCAAAGGGUCUUUGCUAUCUACACCAUGAUUGUUCACCUCUCAUUGUUCAUCGAGAUGUGAAAUCAAACAACAUACUUCUUGAUUCUGGUUUUGAAGCUCAUGUUGCUGAUUUUGGGCUUGCCAAAUUCUUGCAAGAUUCUGGAGCAUCUGAGUGCAUGUCCGCAAUUGCCGGAUCAUAUGGAUACAUAGCCCCAGAGUAUGCCUACACAUUGAAAGUCGAUGAGAAGAGCGAUGUGUACAGCUUUGGCGUGGUCCUUUUGGAGCUCAUAACAGGGAGGAAACCAGUUGGAGAAUUCGGAGAUGGUGUGGAUAUUGUGCAGUGGGUGAGGAAAAUGACAGACUCUAACAAGGAAGGAGCUCUCAAAGUUCUUGAUCCAAGGCUUCCCUCAGUUCCCCUUCAUGAGGUGAUGCAUGUUUUCUAUGUAGCAAUGCUGUGUGUUGAAGAACAAGCAAUAGAGCGUCCAACUAUGCGUGAAGUUGUUCAGAUUCUCACAGAGGUUCCAAAGCCUCCUGGGUCUAAACAAGGAGACUUAACAAUUACAGAGUCAUCUUUGUCUUCAUCAAAAGCAUUAGAGUCUCCAAAUGCAGCCUCAAAUGAUCAUGAACAUGAACAUGAGCAUGAGCAUGAACACCCCCCUCAAUCUCCACCAACUGAUCUUCUAAGCAUUUGAAGUGUUAUCACUUAUCAAUGUGCUAUAUGUUUGAGUCAUAUGGGGAUGAUUCAUUAAUUGUAGUUCAAGUUUCCCUUGGGUUGGGUUAUGAUAGUUAUUUAUCCAUUUACUUUCUUUUCUUUUCUUUUAAUCUGUUCUUUCUGUGUUUGUUCAUGGGAGUUGGGGGUUUCUCUAACUUUAAGGUGGUUAAUGUAUGGAUUUCAGUUUCUAAUGGUUGAAUUUGUACAGUAGGUUUGAUGAGGUA